AUGGAGCCUGGCACGGAUGACAAGGGUGACGAACGACUGUUGAACCAAACUGCAUUGGGCCCCGGUUUGGAAUUCCAGGAGGCCCUGAUGAGGCUUGUCUAUUCUGGACAUUUCGUAUAAAUGGAAUCACACAGUCAGCCAUGUCAUCUGAGCCUCCUCCCCCGGCACCACAGCCCCCCACCCACCCUUUGGCCACCGGGCUGCUGGACACCCCGCGGGCCCAUGAGCGCUCGCCGUCCCCCGUACGGGCCAACGUGGUGCCCAGCCCGCUGCCCACCCGCCGCACCAGGACCUUCUCGGCGACGGUGCGGGCCUCGCAGGGCCCAGUCUACAGAGGAGUCUGCAAGUGCUUCUGCCGGUCCAAGGGCCAUGGCUUCAUCACCCCGGCCGACGGCGGCCCGGACAUCUUCCUGCACAUCUCUGAUGUGGAAGGGGAGUACGUCCCCGUGGAAGGCGACGAGGUCACCUAUAAGAUGUGCUCCAUCCCGCCCAAGAACGAGAAGCUGCAGGCCGUGGAGGUGGUCAUCACACACCUGGCACCGGGCACCAAGCACGAGACGUGGUCCGGGCACGUCAUCAGCUCCUAGGAGGCACGGGGCACCCGGAGACCGUGGGGGGAGGACCCGACUGGCGAUGCUGCUGGAAGCAGGAGACGGGGCUUCCACGGAGAGGCACGGUCCCUUCCAAGAGAUCUCCGGGAGGAAGGGAUGUGGGGGGCAGGGGCCAGGGAUGGGGUGGUCUCCGCCCCCAGCACAACCUCUGACCAUCGCAACAAACUCUCACCAUCUGAAAAACAUUAAAAGCAUUUAAAAAAGAGGCACCCUCUGGUGGCCGAGUGGGGGGCCUGCCCCCCAGCCUGGGUUGGGGGUCCCUUUAUCUUCUGGAGUUGUUGAUCAAGAACCCCAGUUCUGGUCCACCAGGGGUGAUGUGGAGCCGCGGGAUUUUCCCCAGGUGAAUUUCUUCCCAGUUGUCCCUCAUGUCUGGGCUGGGCUGGUUUUGGGGGGUGGGUUUCGGGUCUGAGGGACUUGGCCCUUUGGGAGUGGGAGGCUGAAUUCUAGCUCCUUAGAAGCCUUCUUUCCUCCUGUGUUCACGUUGAGUGAUCUCCUGGUGCAAACGCCAGUGGCCCUUUCCCAUCCUCUGCCACUGAAAGAUGGUGGUUGGGGUGAUGUGGGGGGCGAGGGGGAGCAGGUGUGGGAAGGAAGCUUGAAGGAGGAGGGCUCUUUAAACUCAGACCUUUCUCUGGAUCCAGAAAAAGUGGGUAGCUUGCUUCCUCGGCAGCCUGGUAAAGCCAAAAGUUGAAGGAGAAAUACACCUUUGUGGAGGGGGUUUUCUUUAAAACCCAGGUUAAGAAACAUUUAGGGAUUAAAAAAAUUUUUUUUAAAUAACUAAAGCUCUUGGCCAGAGCUGGCUGUUUGCACUUUGCUGCUGGCAUUGCCAACUUUAUAGAUAUUUCCAGUAAACAAAUCCUUAGGAUUUUCUUUGCUCUGAUUCCGUUUGGUUUUAGUUGUGAUUUAAAAAUAGAACUGGGUCAUAGGUUUUGAAAUACGUGGGCCUGUGUGGUCAAGGACACAUUUGUCUGGCAGGGAAGUCAACAGUUUCACCGUGGCUUUUGGGAGGACCAUGAUGUCCCAGAUGGAGGAUUAUUUGAUUCCAGAAGCACGAAGGGCCUCGGCCACAUCUUCACUCCGGGACUUGGUUGUUUCCAGUGUCAGAACUGCUCCAUUUAGGAGGUAGAAGAUGACUGGGGGAGUGUUUUAAUAUAAGCAAAGAAAUUAGUGUGUUGAUUACGUGUGCAGUGAAACAUACAAACCGCCUCGGUGGCGGCUGCCAGGAGCUGAGGGGUGUUUUCCUCCCUCUGUGUCCCGUGAAGGCCCCCCCACUUCUGUCUCUGCCUUUUGCGGGGUCAAAGGUGGCCUUUUCCCCUCCAGCCUUGGACUGUCCCCCACCUCAGCUCCCCAGAGGCCUGUCUGCUGGGGACGGGCCUCAUUCUGAAGAGCCACUUGGGCCAAGACCCCCACGGGCUCCCGGAGGCUGAGCCCCCGCGUCUUCACCCCGCGCACCUCCACGGCCCUGUCCUCGCCUUGGCACAUGGUUCAGGCCCUGGUGUCCCACAGUGAGCUUGGGAAUCUGAAUCUGCUGUGUGGAGGCGACCUUUGGGUUCUCUCGCUUAGCAGUGUCCUUUGUAACCUGCCCUUGCUGCCCUUCCUGGGUUACCACAUCCUUUUCAUUGUAUCGAUGAGUGUUCUAGAACCGCAGGAGGUUGGAGCAGCCCCGUCUCUGCUCAAACCCCGAGCUUCGGUUUGCAGAUGGGGAAAUGCCUUGAGGCUCUAGGAGGGACACAGGCUGUUGGUGACAGAGCUGGGACUAGACUCCAGCAUCCCCCAGUGCAGGCCUUUUCCCCAUUGGCCACCUUUCUCUCAAAAUAAAGUUUUGUUUUGUGCAA